AUGACUCGCGUUCUUCUCACUGGUGGCAGCGGCUUCAUCGCUACCCAUGUCCUCGAGACACUCCUUGCUCGUGGACACUCAGUUGUUACUACUGUUCGGUCCGAGCAAAAGGCGCAGGCAAUCUUGACUGCGCAUCCAGAACUAUCGAAGAAUCGUCUCGAUUGCGUUAUUGUGACCGACAUGGCUCAAGAGAACGCUUUUGAUGAGGUGGUCGUUUCAGAGCCCCCAUUCCAGGCUGUUAUUCACACUGCUAGCCCGUAUCAUUUCAACGCCAAAGAUGCCAAGGAACUCCUAGACCCAGCGAUCAUUGGAACCACUGGGAUAUUGAAGUCGGUACAGAAGUAUGCGCCGACUGUCCAGCGCGUUGUGGUGACAUCCUCCUUUGCUGCAAUCAACAAUAUUUAUGCAAAGGCCAAAGGGAAGGUUUACUCGGAGGCCGAUUGGUGUCCCAUCACAGUGGACCAAGCGAACGAUAAUCCAGCAAACGCCUACCGGGCAAGCAAGACAUUCGCCGAACGAGCAGCCUGGGAUUUUGUUGAGAAGGAAAAGCCCCAUUUCGACCUGAGAAAUUAUCUAUACGUCGAUGUUCGAGAUCUCGCACUGGCCCACGUCCUCGCUAUCGAAAAGGCUGAAGCUGGUGGAAAGCGUUUCUUCACUGUGUCCAGCCACUUUUCCAACAAAGAAAUUGCGCAAAUAAUCGAUCAGGAAUUCCCCAAGUUCCGAUCUCGCUUGCCGACUGGCGAGGCCUUGGUACCAGGUGACUACCCGGCAGAUGGUGUGUAUGGAUUUGACAGUUCACGCGCAAGAGAGAUUCUGGGGGUGAAAUUCCGACCGUUGAAGGAGAGUAUUGUGGAUGCGGUAAAUAGUUUGUUGGCCGUCGAGCCGGAGAUUUCAAGGUCUUAG